CAGGCUUCAUUUUUUCCAUCUCUCCAGCCAUGGUCGUGCUCACCGUCCAACCUACGUCGCCAGACAAGACCAUACGCAAAACAAGGAGGAAGGAGUCGAAGAAAAAGACCCCCGCUGCUCCACCGGCUGACACGGACGUCGCAAUCGACUCCGAUGGGGAAGAUGGCCCGACGGCAUCCACCUCGGCCCAUCCUCCCCCAAUUACCGCCUCCAACGCAGACGACGACGAAAUCAUGAUCGACGCCGAUUUUCCGGUCCCAUCAGAAUCCUCCGCCCCCGUAUUCUCCGCCCUUCCUGCCGAUGCAGGGAAAUCAGCCCUGAAAUCUGAGACGCGGAGGAUACCCAUUCCCCCGCACCGAAUGACACCCCUGAAGAAAGAGUGGGUCAACGUAUUUGGGCCUCUCACGGAGAUCCUGGGGCUUCAAGUCAGGAUGAACGUGCAGAGGAGAUGUGUCGAAGCGAGGACAUCCAAAGCAACAAAAGAUAUCGGGGCACUCCAAAAGGGCGCGGAUUUCGUAAAAGCAUUUGCUCUCGGUUUCGACGUCAAUGAUGCUAUCGCAUUACUACGAUUAGAUGAUCUAUACCUGGACUCCUUUGAGAUCAAAGAUGUGAAAACUCUCCACGGAGAUCACCUCUCUCGUGCCAUUGGUCGCAUAGCAGGCCAAGACGGCAAGACCAAAUUCACGAUAGAGAACGCCAGCCGGACUCGCAUCGUUCUAGCCGAUACAAAAAUCCAUAUCAUGGGCUCGUUCCAAAACAUCAAAAUCGCCCGAGACGCAAUCGUUUCGCUCAUUCUCGGCUCUCCGCCCGGGAAGGUGUAUGCAGGUUUGCGUACUGUCAGUAGCCGGAUGCGACAACGCGCUCUUUAGGUCUGGUUGAUUGUAAUAUUGCGCUACGAACAGAGAUAGGAGUAACAGAUGAGGUAUAGUAAUGAGAGCUCAAGGGUAUGGUGGUGGAUAGCAAAUGCAAGAAA